AGUGUUAUUGUUUCCCUUGUUGGUGGGUUGAGCACCUUUCAGUUGUAAAGGAAAGCACAGUCAAAGCAGUUUUCAUUGCAGUGAACAAUAUACAAAUGAAGUUGUAAAGAAUGGAUGCAAUACAAAAGCAGUGUGGAUGUACUAGCACAAACCGCAACCGCCAACGCAAGAGUUGAAGAAUUGGUGGAGAAUAAGCUGCAAAACAGCUUAUAGCAGAAAUUUGGCCAUGAUGAUUGCUAAAGCCUUGAUGAAAUCUAAUCCAAUGUGUUCUUCUUCUCUCUGUUUUCACUUGUGGUCUUCCAGGCUGCUACUGGGUGCUUCUGAGGGUUUUAAUACAGGAGCUUGAACUGGGUCCAGGCACUCUCUGUGAAUCAGGAUUCAUGAACUUUUGCACUGGGUACAGGUCGUCUGUUGCUUCCAGGGAUGAAUGAGUGCUGGAACCUGUGUUUUAACUGCCUAUUGCUCAUGUCUGGUAUUUACUCUGCAGAUUCAUCACGUGGAUUAAGUGCAAGCUUUUCCUGGUACUUCAGUGAGGAAUUUAUUGAGUAUACGGCUUAUAACACAUUGCUUUGAAAGCUGUACAUUAACUUUGAGACAGGGGUUUAUCCCAGCCUCUUGCACGAUUGAGGUAUUUUUUGAACAACAACUUUAGACUUGAGUGACGUACCUGCAGAACAUCUUGAAAGGCAAAGCAUCAUCAUGCUGAGUCCCAAGAGCAUACACUCAGGGAGCGAGGAGGCAAUUAGUAGCCUUGAAAUAUUUGAAAAAGGUAUACAGCAUGGCCCAAACAGAGAAGAAAGGUGGACUGCUCCGGAAAUCUUCAGCCUCCAAGAAGCCAUUGAAAGAGAAAGUUGUGUUGAUGUAUGAUGAGAUUUUUACGACAGAGGACCCCAGUAAAUGCAACCCUCGGUUUUGGGAGGAGCUAUUUCUCAUGAAGGUCAACCUGGAGUAUCUGGAAGGCAAGCUGGAGGCUUUGGAUGGGGAAGAGUUAAUGAAGAUAAAAGAUAACAUCAACUGCUUGUUUCAGCACUGCAUCCAGGCCCUGGGUGAGGAGCACCCAAUCAGAGUGGUCAAUGCAUUACAGACUUUGUGUGCAUUAAUUCGGGGUGUCCAUCAGAAGAACAAAUCCACUUCUGGCUUUGACAUCAUCAACAUGCUUGUGGGUUUUGAUAAGGCAGAGCUGUGUAUGAAGAAUCUGAUGGAGAGCUUGGACUCACUCCUUUGUGCUGAAGGUUCUGAAAGUCUCAAAAGCUUGUGUCUGAAGCUACUUCUCUGCUUGGUGACUGUGACGGAUAACAUUAGUCAGAACACCAUCCUGGAGUAUGUGAUGAUUAACAGCAUAUUUGAAGCUAUUUUACAGAUCCUGUCCAGCCCACUGAGUCGCAGGGAACAUGGCUAUGAUGCUGUUGUCCUUCUGGCCUUGCUGGUCAACUACAGAAAGUAUGAGUCAGUGAAUCCCUACAUUGUGAAGCUCUCCAUCGUGGAUGAUGAGGCCACGCUCAAUGGAAUGGGACUUGUAAUUGCCCAGGCUUUAUCGGAAUAUAACAGGCAAUACAAAGAUAAGGAAGAGGAGCAUCAGACUGGUUUCUUCUCAGCCCUAACUAAUAUGGUGGGCAGCAUGUUCAUAGCAGAUGCUGAUGAAAAGAUCUCGGUCCAAACGAAUGAAGCAAUCCUUCUGGCCCUCUAUGAAGCUGUUCACUUAAACCGGAAUUUCAUCACAGUUCUGGCACAGAGCCAUCCUGAAAUGGGCCUAAUGACAACACCAACAAGCCCAAUUCCAAUGACACCCGUCACUCCACUUGGAACCACCCCACCUUCUUCAGAUGUUAUAAGCUCUGCAGAGCUACCUUUGGAUGCUGAUGUGCAAACCAGCAACCUGCUGAUAACCUUCUUGAAGUACAGCUCGAUUGUGAUGCAGGACACAAAAGAUGAGCACCGGCUGCACAGUGGCAAACUGUGCCUGAUCAUCCUGACAUGCAUAGCAGAGGAUCAGUAUGCUAAUGCUUUUCUUCAUGAUGACAACAUGAAUUUUCGUGUAAACCUACAUAGAAUGCCGAUGAGACAUCGUAAGAAAGCAGCAGACAAGAACCUGCCCUGCCGCCCGCUGGUGUGUGCGGUGCUCGAUUUGAUGGUGGAAUUCAUUGUAACACACAUGAUGAAAGAAUUUCCUAUGGAUCUCUACGUACGGUGCAUUCAGAUUGUGCACAAGCUGCUGUGCUACCAGAAGAAAUGCAGAGUGAGACUUCAUUACACCUGGAGGGAGCUCUGGUCAGCCUUGAUCAACUUGUUAAAGUUCCUCAUGUCUAAUGAGACUGUGUUGCUGGCCAAGCACAACAUCUUCACCCUUGCUCUUAUGGUUGUGAACCUAUUCAACAUGUUCAUCACUUAUGGAGACACCUUCCUCCCCACUCCCAGCAGCUAUGAUGAGCUGUAUUAUGAAAUCAUUCGGAUGCAUCAGAAUUUUGACAACCUUUAUUCCAUGGUUCUAAGGCUGUCUACCAAUGCUGGUCAGUGGAAAGAACCUGCAAGCAAGGUGACCCAUGCAUUAGUCAAUAUUAGAGCCAUCAUCAAUCACUUCAACCCGAAGAUCGAGUCUUACGCUGCAGUGAAUCACAUAUCACAGCUCUCCGAGGAUCAGGUUUUGGAAGUGGUGCGGUCCAACUACGACACGCUGACCCUGAAACUGCAGGACGGACUGGACCAGUAUGAGCGCUACUCAGAGCAGCAUAAAGAGGCUGCCUUCUUCAAAGAGCUGGUUCGGUCCAUCAGCAUCAAUGUGAGGAAGAACCUUGCUUUCAACACACUGAGCCAGGAACUGCUGCUGAAGGAAUUCUCUACAAUCUCCUGAGGCGGGGAUGCUGCCGCUGCGCCGGGCAGAGAUGGGCCUGUGUGGGCAGGGACACUACAGCUCUGCAGCCAGUCACCCCCUGCCUUCCGCCUGCAGAAGGGAUUGUGUUUCUUUUAGGAGAAAGCCUUGCUGCUGUGUGUUUGAUCCCAAUGGAAUGUGUUUCAACAGAA